UUUUUGAUAACGCGUAUAAACGAUGUUGUAUCAACAAUCCAAUAACCACUUCAUUAUUAAAUAAUAAAUAUCAUUACGGCCGCUGAUCACGCUUAAACACAUCAAGACUCAAAUCUCGAUUAACCGUUUUUAACCGUGUCCGUAGACGGCGUAAAACACUAAUUAGUAUUUAGUGACCGAUGUCAGUAUUCACUUUCCACUAUCCAACACUUGGUAGUCAUUCGUUGUCCGAUGUAACCAUUUUUAAUAAUUGAUUUGAAUUUCGAACGACAUUAUUCUUGAAUUCGAAAAAAUGACGUCAAUAAUAAAAUUUUAUACCUUGUCGGGCGCGCGUGAUGAAUCACCACCCUGCUAUUUACUACAAAUUGAUGAGUUUAAAUUCCUGUUGGAUUGUGGAUGGGAUGAACAUUUUAGCAUGGGUGUUGUCAAUAAACUAAAAAAGUACAUUCAUCAAAUAGAUGCAGUUUUAUUAUCACAUCCAGAUCGUUUUCAUCUUGGGAUUUUACCGUACCUUGUUGGCAAAUGUGGUUUAAACUGUCCUGUAUAUGCUACUAUACCCGUUUAUCAAAUGGGUCAAAUGUUUAUGUAUGAUUUACAUCAAUCAUUGUGCAAUGUGGAGGAUUUUACUUUAUUUAACUUAGAUGAUGUAGAUGCUGCUUUCGAUAAAGUCAUACAAGUAAAAUAUAAUCAAAUUGUUUCAUUAAAAGGUAAAGGAAUUGGUUUAAGAAUAGUAGCAUUGCCUGCUGGCCAUAUGGUUGGUGGUACAAUUUGGAGAAUAUCUAAAAUCGGCGAAGAGGAUAUUGUUUAUGCUGUAGAUUUUAAUCAUAAAAAAGAAAGACAUUUGAAUGGCAGUGAUUUAGAAAGGCUUGGAAGACCAUCAUUACUGAUAUUGGAUUGUUUUAAUGCUGCUUAUUCACAACCUAGGCGUAGAUCUCGCGAUGAGUCUUUAAUUACUUGUAUAUUGACAACAUUACGUGUCAAAGGCAAUGUUUUGAUAGCAAUUGAUACAGCAGGACGUGUUCUAGAAUUGAUGUAUAUGUUGGACCAAUUGUGGCGUAAUAAGGAAUCUGGUCUUGGCGUGUACUCUUUAGUAUUUUUAACAAAUGUUAGCUACAAUACUGUGGAAUUCGCUAAGUCUCAAAUUGAAUGGAUGAGUGAUAAAUUAAUGAAAAGUUUUGAAGGUGCAAGAAAUAAUCCAUUUUUUUUUAAGCAUGUAAAACUAUGUCAUAACAUGAAUGAUUUAAACAAAGUCUCCGAACCAAAAGUUGUAUUAGCCAGCAACGGAGAUCUUGAAAGUGGAUUUUCCAGAGAAAUUUUUAUUAUGUGGGCUUCAAAACCAAAAAACAGUGUUAUUCUUGCAGACAGAACCGCUCCUGGUACUUUGGCUCGCGAUUUAAUUGAGGAGGGUGGUGAUAGGAAUAUUAAACUGAUUGUCAAGAAACGUGUACCUUUGGAUGAAGAUGAAUUGGAAGAAUAUAAUAUCAAACAUAACAAAGAAAAAUUAGAAGCCAGUAAAAAUGAACCAGUAAGUUCUGAUUCUGAAGAUGAACAAGAACCUAUGAGAGGCAAACAUGACUUAUUAGUUGAUGCUGAUUCAUUAAGCUCAAAAAAAUCUUCUAAAAAAGAAUUGCCGCCCAUGUUUCCUUACUACGAUGAAAAAUGCAAAUUUGACCCAUAUGGAGAAAUCAUUAAACAAGAAGAUUUUAUUAAAUUUAAUACUGCCACGGGAGAAGAAAAAACUGUAGAUGAACAAAAUAAAAAAAAUAAUGAAGAUGAAGAAAUGGAUAUAUGUGAUCUUCCAUCCAAGUGUGUGGAGUAUGAAAUGGACAUUUAUGUAGCAGCCAAAAUUGUACCAAUUGAUUUUGAAGGUCGCUCAGACGGAGAGUCGUUAAAACAAAUUGUACUUGCACUAAAACCCAGACGUUUAAUUUUAGUAAGAGGCAACCAUUAUAGCACUAAAGUUGUGUACAACUUUGCCAAAGUAUUCAUUGAUAGUAACGUUUUUACACCUAAGAUUGGUCAUUGUUUAAACGUAACUACUGAAUCUCAUAUUUACCAAGUACGUCUAACAGAUGAACUUCUUUCCACAGUUAAUUUUAAAAAAGGACCAAAUGGUGAUUUAGCUUACAUGAAUGCCAAAUUAAAAUUAAAAUGUCGUGGUGAUAGUAUGGAGAUUGACAAUGCUGUGUCUGAAAAGACACCAAGAAUAGAUGAUCAAAUGUUUACACUUGAACCUUUAGCGGAUCAUGAAAUUCGACCUCGCAAAUCUGUCUUUAUUAAUCGUUUAAAACUAUCAGAUUUUAAACAAAUUUUAUCCAAAAAUAAUAUACCUUGUGAACUUUCUAAAGGUGUUUUAUGGUGUUGUAAUCGUACUAUUUGUGUUCGUAGAAAUUCUUCUGGAAAGGUUUUGAUUGAAGGAAUUAUUAGCCGCCAAUAUUAUUACAUACGUAGUUUACUAUACAGCCAGUUUAUUAUUUUAUAAUACAACUAUCAUUUACAUUUAAUGCUGACAAAAUUAUGAUCAUGAUAAAAUAAUUUUAAAAAAACUACAAUUAAUAUCUCAUACUUCAGGGUAUGAUUUGUAUUCUUUCCUAUUUUAUUAUUAUUAUGUAGUUAAUUUUAUAAAUGUCAAUGUAUUACAUUUUUAAGCUCGAUAUUUA